AUGUGUAGUUUAUAUGGAUAUGCUGCAAGCAAGGCAUAUACUGCCUAUCAAGAUGACAGCUUUCUGAAAUUGGCACAGGAAUGCUGGAAUUUGACAUGGACAUAUUUCAUCUCAGAUGAGGUAAUUGAAUCAGGCAGAAUUGCAACCAAGUCCCUACCUCUUCAAAGGUCCUGUUUUGAUGCUGGAAUUGAAACCAAAUCUUUCUUGUCAGCACUGCGUGGGGGUGUAUUUCAAACAUUUAAUCAUUUAGAUGGAGAGGUUGAUGCUGCAAUUGCUGGGGCUUUUCUAAUACUUUCAGCACUACUUGCUGAAUCAACACUGAAUGACACUUAUGUCAGAGCUGCAACUCUAACACUGGAAUUUGUGCCAGGAUUCCUCAAUGAACAGAGAACUCCUUGUGGUUUGGAUGACAACAUGACAACAAAUUGCUAUACAUUCUCUAAUGAUAGAAUGUGGUAUCCAACUACUGGGGAUCUUAUUGAGGGAUUGUCCAUCCUUACAUCAACAAACAGUAGUUUAGCACUAAACCUUCAAGCAGUACUUCAGACUGAAACCUUGUUGCGGCAGGAUCAAAGGCCAGAUGGUAUUCUGGAUAUAGGCCCAAACUAUAUACCAGAUUUCCCAACUGGCAAUCCAUUCUUAGUGCGCGGGAUUGUGACUGCAUACAGAAGAAAUCUCACUGCUGAAUUGAGUGACUUUGUCAAAACCUUUAUAGACAUUCAGUAUAAUGCCAUACUCGAAAAUACUGCAGCUCCUGGAACAAAUAUUUAUGGAGGUUCAUGGAUUGGGCCACCAAAACAGAGCUUUGACCCCAUUAACCAAACUUAUGCUGCUAUGGUGCUUGUGCAGGCAAUUGGCCUUGUCCCUUCCCCCACCAACGUUAAUACAUCAGGAUCAACCACAACCACAACUGGCACAAUAGUAGGGAGUAUUGUUGGAGGAGUGACUUUCAUUGCUAUCAUCACAGGUCUCAUUCUCCUUUUGCUUCUUAAAAGAAAGCAUAGCCGCCAAGGUCCCUUUUCAAUCCUUGCAUCUUCUACUCCAUCUGUAUUCAUUACAUCACAUCCCCCUUCCACAUAUGGAAUCACUCCCUUCAUGCUACCUGAACCAUGGGAGAUGGAUGUUGCACCAAAACCUGCAAAGGCUAUUGUUUCUCACUCAACAAACAUUCAGCCAGCUGCAGAUGAACUGCCAGAUCCAGGGAACCCAAUACAGUGCCAGAGCAUAGUGGACCAACUGGAAGUAGAAGAAGCUAUCAGCUGUGAUGGGGACAACUUUGAUUCCAGAUUCCAAGCAAUGACAACAGCACAUAUGAUUAGGAUCUUGAACGAGUGUUUUGAAAGUGAGUCAUUACCACCUACUUAUCAAAGUCAGCUUGGGAGCAGUACAUAG